AUGGACACCCUAGGAAGAGAAGGACCAUGGGAAGAAUGGAAGGGCAGUGUGCAACCAGCCCUGAUGUUCUCAUUCGUAUUUCUUGUCUGCCUGGAAGCCUGCAUGUGGGUAAGAAACCAUGGACAGAAAAGGGGCCCUCCUGGACCAUUCCCUUGGCCUUUUGUGGGAAAUGCUAUGCAGUUAGGACAAGCUCCUCACCUUACUUUCUGUAAGAUGACUCAGAGGUAUGGCAAUGUGUUCAAGAUCAGAUUGGGGAACCAUGACAUUGUGGUCCUAAAUGGAAGCUCAACCAUCAGAGAAGCCCUGGUGAAGCAUAGCUCUGAAUUUGCAGGGAGACCUAACUUCACAUCCUUCAAAAUAAUAUCUGGAGGGAAGAGUAUGGCCUUUGGUGGCUACAGUGACCUUUGGAAGGUUCAGAAGAGAAUUGCUCACACAACCCUAAGAGCUUUCUCCACCAUCAAUGCAGAAACCAAAAAGCAAUUUGAGCAUCAUGUAGCAUCAGAAGUCCAAGACCUGAUCCAGGUUUACUUGCAUCUAAGUUCUGGAGGUCAGUACUUUGACCCUUAUCAUGAGUGUACUGUGGCUGUUGCCAAUGUCAUGUGUGCUUUGUGCUUUGGGAAACGUUAUAGUCAUGAUGACCAGGAGUUCAAAGCCUUGGUUGGAAGAAACGACAAAUUUGGACAAACAGUGGGUGCUGGAAGUCUAGUGGACAUCAUGCCCUGGCUUCAAGCCUUCCCCAAUCCUGUGAGGAGCCUCUACCGUAGCUUCAAAGACUUGAACAUAGAGUUCUUUGAUUUCGUGAAAAGUAAAGUUUCCCGGCACCGAGAGACCUACAAACCAGAGGUCACCAGGGACAUGAGUGAUGCCUUCAUAGGUGUGAUAGAACAUGGGUCGGGAGCUAGUCUGGACAAGGACUAUGUGGAGGGAACUGUGACAGAUCUUUUAGGUGCAGGUCAGGACACCAACUCUACAGCUCUGGCUUGGAUCAUACUUUUACUCAUCAAAUAUCCCCACAUCCAGCAGAAGCUCCAAGACGAGAUUGACAGAGUGGUGGGUCAGGACAGGAUGCCCACUGCUGAGGACAAAACCCAACUUUCUUACGUGCAAGCUUUCAUCUAUGAAGCUCUACGCUUCAGCAGCUUUGUACCCCUGACCAUCCCACACUCCACCACCAGCAAUGUCAUCAUUGAUGGCUUCUGCAUACCCAAGGACACCGUGGUGUUUGUCAACCAGUGGUCAGUAAACCACGAUGGGACCACAUGGAACAACCCUGACAUAUUCGACCCUGAGAGGUUCCUGGAUGAACAUAGACAACUGAACAGAGAUCUUACCUAUGAGGUGAUGAUCUUCUCGAUGGGGAAGCGUAGAUGUAUUGGGGAUCAGCUUUCCAUGCUGCAGAUGUUCCUCUUCACCACUAUCAUGCUGCAUCAGUUGUCUUUCCAUGCCAACCCCAAAGAAGAACUGACCAUGGACUGUAUUAAUGGCUUGGCUCUGAAGCCUGUUCCAUACACAGUGACUGUGAGAGCCCGCAAGCAUGCAGCCAGCGAAGUAUCCACACUGUAG